GUCUCUCUGACGUCACAUCCGCCACUUCCUUUCAGACUGCGCGGGGUUGCUGAAGGUCGAGUCCUUCGAGGAGCCGGAGAGACGAGCGGACGGUAACAAUUUCUGAAGAUAAUCUGAAUGGAUAAUAUUAGAACAGCCAUUUCAAAUUUUUUUGGAGGCGAGUUACGAUCAUAUACUCGUUUUAGUCUAACACGUCAAGCAGAUGGAGAUUUGAGCAGGGUUGAAAUGAAAGCAGCGGACACUGAAAAUGAUGAGGAAAUAGGAGACGGAAUGCCUGAUGGCAUGCAGACUCGCGUUCGGAAACCUCAGAAUAGAUAUAAAGGAAUCAUGAAAAAUUUGGUGUUUGUUCUUUUCUUUGUUACAAUAGGAUUUCUAGUUGGUUAUCUAGCAUUUCGAGGUCAAACACCAGGAAUACCAGGUACACCAGGUAGUUCAGCGGUACAAUCUGAAGAACCAUUUAUAAAUUACAACAAUACCAAUGGUUAUAAUGAGGAUGAUGAAGAGGCUUCAAUAUACCAUUUCUCUGAUCUUAAGGAACGGCUUCUAAGUUAUCUUGCCACUUCUAAUUUGAUGGCUAAUAUUCGGCGCAUUUCUGAAACUGAUGAUCAUCAGACUGGUUCCAGUGGUGAUCUGAUUAACACCCGUUAUGUCAAAGAAGAGUUCUCGAAAAUGCUUGAUGAGGAUAAUGUCUGGACGGACACUCACUAUGUAACACUGCAGGUGAAUAGCAAAUCUCCAAAUAAAAUAUGGAUUGAUGGUGGUGAAAAUGCAAGAGAAUUAGAUUUAGGUGUGAAAAAUUCAAACGUUUAUUGUCCAUACAGUGCAAAUGGUACAUUCACGGGCAAGCUGGUAUAUGCCAACUAUGGAACAGAAGAUGACUUUAAAGAAUUGCAGAAACAAGUGGAUGUUAAUGGCACUGUUGUCAUCGUCCGCGCAGGGAAGAUCAGUUUUGCAGAGAAGGUCUUUAAUGCCGAGAAGAUGAAAGCUGGAGGUGUUCUAAUCUAUCCUGAUCCGGCAGAUUAUAAACUGGAAAGAGAUGUGGCUAUGUUUGGACAUGUUCACAUGGGCUUGGGUGAUCCUUGGACUCCUGGAUUUCCAUCAUUCAACCAUACACAAUUUCCUCCAACCAAAUCAUCAGGACUACCUGGUAUUUUGGCUCAUUCAAUCAGUGCCAAUGUUGCCUUGCAUCUUCGCCGAUUGCUUGGUGGUGCAGAUACUCCAGGUAGUUGGGAGGCCCGUGGAACCAAACUUGGACCAGGAUUUCAUAAUGAUGGUGGACAAAUAAAGAUGGAAAUAAAUAAUGUUGAAGAAGUGAGAGAGAUACAUAAUGUAUUUGGUGUCAUCAAGGGUAACGAAGAAAAGGAUCAUUAUGUUGUGAUUGGUGCUCAGCGUGACUCCUAUGGAUCUGGCGCAGCAGAAUCUGGAGUUGGAACUGCUUUGCUGUUGGAGUUGGCAAGAGUCUUUUCCAAGAUGGUUAAAGAUGGAUUCAGACCUAGACGAAGUAUAGUCUUUGCAAGUUGGAGUGGUGGUGAUUUUGGAGCAGUUGGAGCAACUGAAUGGCUGGAGGGAUACAUGUCUGUGUUGCAUUUGAAGAUAUGUGCCUACAUUAGUCUUGACAAGGCAGUGGCUGGAGGAAAUGACUUUAAAAUUUUUGGCAGUUCCAUGUUACACACUCUAAUCCAUGACUCCAUUGCUAUGGUGCAGAGCCCUUUGUCUUCAGGAACCAUUUUGGAAAGAGCUCAAGCAAGUAGUGAAAAUUGGAAGGAAGCUGUUUUGACACCAAUUCCAAUGGAUUCCAGUGUUUAUGCGUUCUUGGCUAGUGGUGGAAUCCCAUCUAUUGGACUCCGUUUUGUCAAUAACGAUAAUUAUCCAUACGGUACAGCUGCGGAUACCGUGGAUACCCUCAUGAGGUCUACUGUCCAGAAACUCGAGGAUUUUGGUCGUGCCAUGGCUGAAGUAGUUGGAAUAUCAGUUAUUAAGUUAACCAUACACCACACCCUUCCACUUGAUUACCAUAAAUAUGCUGAUGAACUGACUACCCACAUCAUUAAAAUUCAACAAUACUCUUCAUUACUUGAGGAGCGUGGACUGACUAUGCAGUGGCUGUUCUCAGCACGAGGGGCCUAUUACCGUGCUGCCAGAUCCCUGGCUAAUGAUAUCGAUGCUUCUGAUUUGAAUGAUGUUAUGCUUGACAGAACCUACAACAACCGGAUAAUGAGGGUGGAGAAUCACUUUCUUUCUCCUUAUGUGUCUAUAACUAGUUGCCCAUUUAGACACCUGCUUUAUGGCAGAGGGCACCACACUUUUAAAGAUAUUGUGGAGCAGCUGAUGCUUCUGGAGAAAUCGCCGGACCUUGUUGAUUUCAAUGUGAUUCGUACCAGCAUUGCAUAUGCUACCUGGGUAGUCCAGGGAGCAGCUAAUGCACUUGCUGGAGAAGUGUGGGCAGACAGGCAUGUCUACUGAUCGUCUUCAGGUCUGCUUGAAAGGAUAACAUUCACUCAGAUGCUGAGAGAUUAUUGCCUUUUAUACUUGUAGAGUUUGUGAAAUAUUGAUUAGAAACAAAAUGAAGGAUACUAUCAGGUAACAAAUAAGGAAAAUGAGCUGUCAACAUUUCAGAUUAAGGACCCUCAUCAAAUUCAUUUAAUCUUCAUUGAUUAGAGAAAAGUUGUUAUGCAAAAUUUAAGCUACAUAAGCAAAUUUAUUGACCAGAGACAACAAUAUAAAUCUUAAGAAACUUUUCUGCAUUACAAGUGAAGAGGCAAUAAGAACUCAACUUUUUCACUUGUUACGUCCCACACAUGAGUUACACCUGCUGCGAACUAUUUUUACAUUAGCCUUUAGAGGGAUGCCUUCAUUAUGAACAGAACUUGUACUUGCUUCACUUUCUCAGCAUCUAUACAUUAUAGGUGCAAUGGACAGCUUGGAACAUUGUCUCUUACCAAAUCUUUCUAGCAGCUAGUGUUGGCAAAUUUACAGAUUACAUUGGUACGUUGCAAAGACCUGCAUCUUAGGAACCCAGUGGAGCAAGUACAAGGGUUACUGAAAAGGGAGCUUUAUAGUAUAUCCCUCAAAGGGUCUUAUUUAGUUCAUAUCUUCCAUUGUGCAGUGAUGAGCAAAGGAAUACUUUAAAACUGAAGCAAGUUAUUGGUAACGCUUGAUAGGGUGGUUUAAGGGGAAUUAAAUGAAUGGUUAAAGUCGGGAGUUGGACAUUAAUUACGAAAACAAUGACAAAUUGAAGAAAUCAAUUGAGGCUUGUAAGCUGCAUGAGGUUGAAUUGCACAUAGAGCGUAAAUGGAGACGAACAAUUUGAGACAAAAGCCAAACUGGAGUACUGCACUAAAGUGUGAUAAACUAAUUCCAAAUUGAGUCAUUCGGUGCAGGAUAUCAUUGACGCUAAUGGAGAAACUACAUGCGGGAAUCUGAAACUAAAACAAGAAUGCUGGAAGAGUCCAGCCACAGUAGCUGCAGGAAUUGAUAGCAUUUUUCAAAUAAAUUCACUGUGGUACUGAAAACAAAUUAGCUGUGCAUCAGACAAUUUCAAUGUUUUCUUCAGGGAGUGGGGAAGGAAAUUUUCUAAAUGACACUUGUUUGCAACAGUAUAUGAAUAGAAAGAAAAUGAAGCAAAAGGUGCAUAUUUGUAGAUUGUAAUAAGAUUUGGUGGUAUUGGAGGCGAGAAGAUUAAUGACAGAACUGUUAAUAACAAAAUGCUUUUAUUUUUGGAAAUCAGGAAUAUUAGAGUAGUGUAGCUUUAAAAAAUUCAAUGUAUUUGGGCACUACUUAAAAUCUUCCUGGAGAGGAUUUCCUACAACAUGUAGAACACUGCUUCAUUGUCAAAAUUACUAAAGUAGGUUAUUCACACAGUGCAGAUGUUUGUGCAGUGAAAGUAACUGGGGAACUUGUUAAAGAGAUUAACAGUAUUACUGAGUGGUUGGGAAGACUGAAAUGAAUGAAGAAAAAAUGCAUCAUCGGAUCCUGAUCAUGCAAAUUAAAACUGUAGUGUUGGGUUAUCAUAGUCAAGCACAUUAAAAUUAAAUAACUAUAUAAUACUAUAUAAUUGCACCAUGCAAUUUUAAUGGGAAUAUUCGGUAACUGAAAAAUACUACUCAUUAGGGAGGAGGUGAGGUUUAUUUUGUUUCUGGGACUAAAUAACAGCCAUUGUUGCUAAAGUUAAAAAUUUUCACUAUUUUGACAAACCCUUAAUAAGAAUGCAUGGUGAUCUCAACUGCAUGUCUGGUAGUUGUGCAUAUAUACUUCAAGAUUUUACAAUGAUUUUAAACUGUUAACAAAUUGUUUAAAAUUGGUGACAUUACACCAGCAGUCCUUAUUUAUUCAAACUUUCCAAAUGAUGGGUAAACCUUUGUUCAUCACUCUUUCCCAAUUGUUGUUAAAAUAUGCUGUAAAAGGUAUGUUAUAAAAUGGAGAAAGACUUGUGUCCCAUGCUAAAUACGUUCUACAAUUUUACAGGAUAAUCUGGGUCAUUAAUUGUAGCAAGAUACUGAAUAUAAAGGAUAACUUGUCAAAUUACAUUUGUUGAAAAACUUAAAUGCAUUUUAAUAGGUACAGUUUACUUCUUUAUGGUCUGAAUUUUGUAUGGGGCUUGCUGAUAUUUUCAGAACCUAGAACUUUGGUGUAAAAAGAAAUGUCAAACUUGGCUUGGUUACCUUAAUCCAUCUAGCACCUAUUUGGGUAUUCCACAUUUUCCUAUUUAUCAAAGUACUGACCAAAGUGAUGGGGCAUGGUUUGCAGUUUAUAACUUUGUCCAAAAGAAAAACAUCUAAUCUAUCUCCCAGUUUAGGAAAAGAAUAUGUAAAACAUGAUAAAAUUGACACCAAGGUAACCAUCAGCCAUAUAUUUAUACCAGUUCCAGAUUUCUGGCACUUGGAAGUAACCGCUGAACCCAAUUGUAAUGUCAUUUUAUUUCCACCAAUCAGCACUGAGAUGUUUAUUUUAUUUAUCAGUGACAGAGUUCACUAUAAAUAGUGUGUUUUAUCUUUUUUAAAAUAAGAUAAUUAUCGGAAGCAGUGACUUCCAUAAUUAUGACGGUUAUACUGUCGUCAACAAGAAAGCAGCAUCUGCUACUAAGAAAUGAAAGCCUAUAACAUUUCUACAAGUUGUAAAAGCCUCAUUAUCGGGAGCAGUGUCUUCCAUAAUGUCAUAAAAUAAGGUAGUUUUUGCCUACCAAGGUGUAUAUCGGAAGCAGUGCCUUCCAUAUGUUUCACUAAGGUGUAUAAGAGUUGUCGGGAAAUGGGAAUCCCAUAAUUUAACUUUAUUUGAAUAGUGCUAGGGGCCACUAUGUGCUUCUAAUCUACUGCAUUAUUUGGUUAUGUGUAUUGUAGCUUGUGGUUUGUGUAUUUGUAUCAGUGUCCUUGGUGCCUUGAGAAUAUCUCAAAACAGCUCCCUUUCCAAUUUUUGCUCAAAUAGAUGAGUCAAGUAAUGUAGUGACUAAUUAGUGGGCAAAGAAAACAUACAAUUUUUAAUAAGGGACUGCUACUUAAUUUGAUUCAAUAUUUGUUUUGAAAACAUUUUAAACUACAAUUGCCAUUGAGCCAUUUUUGAAGGUCAAAAAUACUUGAGUAUCAGGCAAGUUAUUUGUCAGGACACAGAUAAGAGUGGUGGUCAACCAUCCAUCAUUAGGGACUCAAACCCUAACAUGACACGGGUCCAAUGACUAUGAAGGUGAGCAAAUGGAUCCUAAAAUGGUUGGAUUUGGAACCACUUUUGAAGGUUUUGAAUGAAAUGAACCUUGUAGGCAGCUCUGUAACUCAAAACUUGAGCAAUACAGGCAUGUCUGCAAUAAUUGAAAAUAAAAUUGGGGAAAUAUGAACAGGUCAGGCAAUGCCUCUGAGAGAAACGGAAUUGUAAUCGUGGGUUGAUGACCUUGCAUUGGGAUCUGUAGUAAUUUAGUUGACUGACCACUGUGGCCUGAAUGUUGAAACAUUCUGUUCUAACUUGCACUGUGGUCUGUGAACUAUUAAUUCCUGCAUGAUAAAGCAGUAGAACACAUCUUUUUGAUCCACACUGAUAAACUGAUUGCUACUUGACUAAACCCUCAUGGCAUCACUACACACAUUUGUUGUUCCACAAGUUUUAAUUCUGAUAAUUGGAACUUAAGUACUUGUGUUUUGACAGUCUUGGUGCAUUUGGUAUAGAUGUAGACUGACUAGCCACCUCUGACAUAAGGAAAUCUCGUUAUAGUGGCUUUGAUUUUCUAGCAUGUGUGUACACCCUUUGGAGAUGCUAUUACACUCUACCAACCUAAUCGACAAUAAAGUCAAAACCAGUUUCUCCCACUCUCCUGGGAUAAUCGCAGUCUGUUCAUUGGCCAAAAGAAAGUAAACAUUUGUGUCAUUAAAACUUCAAUCAUCAUUUAGAGCUGUGUUUUGAAAUCCAUUUACUGCGGGAGUAGUUGUGUCUUAAGUUAUCUUUCAAAUUUCUUCAAAUGAAUCAAAUUCAGGAAUAAGAUUAGAGGUUUGUUGUUAGGUUAAUCUGUGAGAGGAAUAUUUAACUCAGUCCAGCAAAUAAUGUUUCUUGAAAAGAAAUUGAAAUGUGUUUUCCCUCUGAUUUGAAUCCGUACCUAGCUCAGGAAAGCGAAUGCUUUGAUUUAUCAAGCAAGUUUAAAACAAGGGAUGAGCGAUUCCUGGGGAUGUACGUUUUAAAAAACUAAAGAGACAAUCUCCAUUCGUAGCAUUCUGAUGUUUCUUUAGCUUCAAUAAUGUUUAUAUUCAUGAAUCUCCAUAAUUGCUGAUAAAUGAUUUUCCAGUGAUCUUAAUAUUGCUUUUCAUUUAAUGUGGGCUAAUUUGUUUGUAUUGCCUUUUUCCACCAUGGUCUGAUUGCACUGUAAUUUGAAAACUGUCAAUUGCUCUUUUUAUGCAUGGCACUUGAUGUAUUUUGUGAUGUUAUUAUUGUACUGUCUUUUCCCAAAGAUUGCCUAGAAAUAAUUUUUUAUUCUGCUUCGUAUUUAUGUUUCAAAUAAAUCUUAAAAGUAGUUUGGA